AUGCCCAAAAACGUCAUCGUCAUCGGCGCCGGCUUCGGCGGCCUCGGAUGCGCCAAGACCUUCGCGGACGCGAAGGACUCGUCGGGCGUCGCCGUCACCGUCAUCGACGCCAAGUCGUGGUUCACGAUUGGAGGCACGUGGCAGUACGCGUGGGCGGGGCGCGUCGACACUUCUUCGACCACGUGGGAUCUGAGCAAGUGCGGGGCGCAGUUCCCCGGGGUGUCCAUGCUGCUGGACACCGACGUGGCGUCGCUCGACCUGGAAGGCAAGAAGGUCGUCCUCGGCGACGGCACCGCGCUGGAGUACGAUCACCUCGUCCUCUCCCCCGGGGUGGUCGGUGAUCCCUCGUCCGUUCCGGGCAUGGACGCCACGCUGGACAUGUACUCGCACGACAGCAUCGAACGCCAGCGCGCGGACGUCCAGGAUAUCGUCGCCAAUGCCACCGCGGGCGAAACCCAGACCCUCCUCGUCGCCAUCGGCGCGGUCCCGUACAAGUGCCCGGUGGCGCCGUUUGAAGCCGCGUUCAUCGCCGACGACGUCAUCCGCCGCGCGGGGGUCAGGGACAAGGUCGACAUCGUCGUCACCGCGCCCGUCGCGUGGCCGCUCCCGGACCCGGCGAAAGAGGUGUUCGUUCGGCUCUUCGAGGAGAAGAACGUCCGCUUCUUGCCGGAGAAGACGGUCGUCUCGAUCGAGGGGGGCGUCAAAGCGUCAUUCGCGGAUGGCGACGCCAUCGCCGCAAGCAAGAUCUGGUCCGUCUACCCUCAGCGCGCGCCGGAUUUCGUCAAGGCCACCGGCGCGUGCAACCCGCGCGGGUUCGUCCCGGUGAACAUCGCCACGAACGGCGUCGAGGGCAGUGACGGCGUGUACUGCAUCGGGGACUGCUGCGGUAUCGCCGUCGGCGGCAAGCCGCACCCAAAGGCUGGCGAGUUCGCGUGGCAGAUGGGCGAGAUGGUCGCGCACGAGAUCAUGCGCACGGAGGGGUACGAACACAGCAGACUCGGCGCGUGCAUAGCGGAGUGCGGCGCGGGCGCGGGUGUCCUCGUCGCGCCCGAUUACACGCAGUGCGUCAAGGACCCCGAGGGCGGCAAGCCGAGCUGCGCAAUCCAGGACCGGAAAACCGACGGCGAGGCGGCCAAGCUCGACUGGGUGAACAAGUACAUCAGGAACAUCUUCGGCGAGGGCGGGAGAAGGUUCGAACCCGCGGCGGCUGCGUAGAGUGACGCGUCGUAUCCGCCAUCGUACGUGCAAUUGUUGUGCUAAGUCUGUCUAGUAGCUAGCUAGAGGUGGAGCUCCAGGCAUCCGUCCACCGUGGACACCGCCGGGCAGUAAGGGCACUUGAACGACCCGUCGGGUUUGGCCAA